GGGAGACAGAGUCGCACGGCUGAGACGCCAGACAGUCGCCUAGCAACAGCGGGACGCGGAGCAAUGGAGACCAGCAGCAGGGAGCUUCAAGCCUCGGAGUAUUUGGAAAAGCAUCAGAUCAAGGAGCUGGUUAGCUACCUCACCAGCGCCCUCCUUUUCUUUCGGCCGGAAAAACCAAGAGAAUAUUUAAUAUCUCUAUUGGAACGACUGAGAAUCGCAAAAGUAACAGGCGUAGCAUUUCCUUUCUUUAUGGAUAACUCUAACAUUGUGGCCAUGUUUGAGAUGAUGGACUCCUCAGGCAGAGGCACCAUAUCAUUUGUGCAGUAUAAAGAAGCCCUAAAAACCCUGGGUCUGUGCACUGAAGAUGAAGAUUUACAAGAUGAUGGACAUAUAAUAACUUUGGAUAAAUUCAAGGAGGAAGUGAACAAGAGGAUGAAGGAAAUAUGGUCAGCAUUUUAAUAACACCAUAAAUCCAAGAUAAUAAGUAA